GGGAUUCCCCACAACACUCUUUCCUUUCUGCUCCCCGCGCAAGCCCUAAAGCCAUCAAUAGGGGCAGCUCGGGCAGCGGGGGAGGCAGCAGCUGUAUUCGGAGGAGGCAGUGCAUUGCACUGCGCAUCCUCCCUCCCCACCCCCUACUGCUUCAGGCUUCCUCCCUUCAUCCCACUAUCCGCCCCCUCCCCCGCAUCCCUUCCUCCUGCAUCCUUCCCUCCUGCAUCCUUCCCUUCUGCAUCCCUCCCUCCUGCAUCCCUCCUUCCUUCAUCCCUCCUUCCUUCCCUCCCUCCGUCUGCCUGCGUAGAGCCGCGGACAUGGCGCUCAGCAAUUUCCUCUUCGCUCAGUGCAUCUGCUACUUCCUCGCCUUCCUCUUCAGCUUCAUCGUGGUGGUGCCCCUCUCCGAGAAUGGCAACGACUUCCACGGCCGGUGCCUGCUCUUCACCGAGGGCAUGUGGCUCAACGCUAACCUGACGGUGGAGAGGCAGCGUUUCACUGUACAAGAGUGGGGGCCCGAGGCUGCCUGCCGCUUCAGCAUCUUCACCGGGCUCCUCUCCCUCCUGCUGGCCACAGUGCAGGCCUGGAGGACCCUCUUCUUCCUCUGCAAAGGGCAUGAGGACUCUUUCUUUUAUGCCUUCCUGAAUCUGCUGAUCAGCGCCUUUGUGGUGUUUAUCACAUUUAUUGCUAGCACUAUAGUGAGUGUAGGAUUUAACAUGUGGUGUGAUGCAAUUACCGAAAAAGGAAGCAUGCCAAAUAGCUGUGAAGAAUUACAGGAUAUAGAUCUUGAACUGAACUUAGAAAACUCUGCUUUCUAUGACCAGUUUGCUAUUGCGCAGUUUGGUCUCUGGGCUGCCUGGCUGACUUGGCUGGGAAUUACCAUUCUGGCUUUCCUGAAGGUUUAUCACAACUACAGACAGGAGGACCUGCUAGAUAGCCUGAUUCAUGAGAAGGAGCUGUUGCUAGGAAGAUCCUCUUCACGAUCCUCUUUGCAAGAUGAGAAAAGUGGCAUGAUCUAAAGUGUAAGCAAAUUUCCAGGGCAGGAUGUAGAUUUUAAUAUUCAGUAGUGUCAGCUGAAGUUGAAUCAGGGUAUUAAGUGUUGGAGAACUUUUCUUUCCUGAAAAGAGAUGUACUUGAGAAUCACCCACUUCCUCCAUGAGAAACUGUUGGCAGAAAUAUUCAUGUUGUAGUACAGAUACUGUAACCUGCUCUUGCCAGCAGAGUUCCUACUGCCUUUUGGGGUGGGGGCCAUUUUUGUGGACUGAGCUGGCAAUACCAGGCUACAGAGUCCAGGAUAUUUCUUCAAACUAUUCUGAAACAACAGUUGUCACUGUGGCUGUGUGCAGUUCCUCUUCCCUCCCUCUCCUUCCUUUUGCCAGUAAAGCCACCCCUAUUCUCACCUUAUUUUGCAUAAUUGCAGCUCUGGUCCAGGUACAGACUCUCACUGUCUCUGCUUUUGCUAUAUGUAUGGAUGCAGUGCUGACAAACCUAUUGCUCCUGCUCUGAUUUUGAGUUCAUUUAGAGCAUAGAGACCUGUGUUCCAGACUUGAUAUUUAAUACGGGACAAUGUUAAUGAAUUUCAUGAAACCACUAUCUCCUUACAGUAUCUGUCAAAAACUGUAUUAGUAGGAUGGAUGGUGGAGAAUUUUUGUGUUUUUUUUUUCUUAGAUUUUGGCAUGACCAACAUUUAUUAUGACUCCUGAAGUAUAGUGUAGCUAGCAAUUGCUGAAGCUUGCAUACUAAGAAAUUAGGCUGAACAGGUAGUAUUAAUGCUUGUGCAUUUAUAAAUGUAACUUGGUCCCUAACAUUGUAUACUAUUCAGUUUUGAAUAUUAGAAUUUGCUUGUGAUAUUUAUUUCAUAUGGGGUAUGCAAAAUCACUAUAAACAUUUGCAUUGUGGGUAUCUCUAUAUAUCUAUAAAUACAGCAAGGAGCUUGAACAGCUGAGUUAUUUUAUACAUAGUGCAGUGUUGAAUGGUUUCAUUUUCCCACCUCAUGGGCAGGAGUUCCAAAGCUGACGAAUUUUGUUGUGAAAAAGAGCCAUUACUUAUACAAAGCUCACUAAUGGCUUUGUUGUUGCUUUCAGUUUUGCUUGGCUAGUCCUUCAUCAAAUAAGGUGGAUGGUUGAGAUGAGAAGUAGACAUGAAUUAAAAGUGACUCAGAUGAGUGUGGGAUUUGCACAGCAGGGAAGUAAAGUUGCACUAGAGCUAGGCAGUUAUCCUCUGGUAUACAUCUCAUUGAAGACCCCGAUUCAGCAGUUAAGUUAAGCUGAAGAAGAUUUUUUGGGAGUACACUGAUACUGCCUGUGGAAACUGUGUUUGAGUUGAAACUGAAUUUAUUGCAACACAGGUACAAACCAUGCACAACUGUAUUACCUCUUAAGUAAGAAGGAAUUAAGUACUGGCUUAAACUUUUGGUUGAAAUGGAAUUUGAAGUCAUAGCAAAUCCCUGAAUUAGUAAGCAUUUUAGGCCAUAAAAUCUAACAUUAUAUUUAACAGCCAAAUUUUUCUUACAGAUUUAGGGAAAAAAAAUCUCCAUAGACUCUAAGCAGGAGCCAGCCCUGUAAACAUCACUUAAAGCCCUAACUGGGCAUAGCUAUCUGUAGAGAGAUCUUGUUUUUCAGCAUGAUUUCUGCCCACAUGGGAAUGAAAUUAGUUUGAAAGCUUUACAGCAGUGGCUUUUGUGUAGUUGUGAAUUGUCAUCAGAGGAGGAGUUCCUGAAGAGGGAGUCAGAGAUCAAGUUAGUUAACACCAAUUUAAAAUUCAGAGAUCAGGACUGCUGUAGUGCCUUUAUUUAUUCAUUUGGUCAAAUAAGUGAUAGAUUGCUGCAGGUACCUAAGCCCUUUGAUAAGGCAUGACCUUCCCCUUCAUACCCUGCAGAAGAGCUUGGGUCCUGAAAGUCAGCCUGUUUUCUGUGUUUCAUCAAACAUAACUCAAAACAUUUGCAUAGCUCGAAAGUUGUUUCUCCAACUGUAAAAAACACUACUCUUUCCAGUCUCACUUUGAAUUUAAGAUUAACCAGUGAUGUUUCUUCCCACAAAUUACUUCAGCACAUACCUUGCUCUUCACAUGGAACCAUGCUGCUUCUUUGUGUAAUAUAUUUUAUGGAUGUGUCAAGUCAGGCUUAGGCUGAAGUAACAUGUGGGUUGUGACCACCAUUCCUGGUCUUGCCUGGAGGUUUGAAGAACCAAGAGGCAGAAGAUAGCAAAUGUCUCUUCCUCAUCCUUGCUCUGAGAUACCAGGGCUCAAGCCUUGUCUCUGGUUCUGAGGAGGAAGAAGAUGCUACUCCUUAAUGAGGUUGUCUGGAGCUCAUGGUUUCUUCUACCUCUCUUUUCUCCUGUCUCAGGUUCUUUUCCUCUUUCCCACUUCCAUGAGAAGCAGCAAACACUGAUUUGGGGGUUUCUAGCUUGCUGACUUUUGUGGUUAUCAUUUUCACUAAUGUUUGUUACCAUGACUCUAUCUCACUGACACUAUCGUCAUUGUUAUGCAGCUCAAAAGACAAAAGUGGGAUCUUCAAAGCACCUGGGGCAGCCAGAAUCCCACCUUGAAGUAAAGGUCAAUAGGAAUGAAAUAAUUCAGCCUUUGUAAAAUCCAGUCAAACACAAGCAUGUGUACAGACUCGCCUGUUAACUUUGGCAUCAAAGCUUAACCUAAUUCAUUUACAUGGGUGAAUUCUUCUAACCCCAGUUGCAUUACAGUGCCCAUGAAUGAAAUAAUCCUGGCAGUUGAAGUUGGCAUGUAAACUGAAAAGAGGCUGAAGAUCUUUGAAUUCCACAUGCAGUUUGAUUUAUUUUUCACAGCUUCCCUCACUUGACAAGGUAGGGUGAGGCUAGCACCCAGCUUGCAAGGAUGAGUGAUGCUUAAAAGGCUGUUUUGGAGGGAAGACCCUGUGCAGGUGAGAAGGCAAAGGGUGUAUUGAGAAGCUCUCUGGCUAACUCAAAGGGAGGAAGGGUAUUGUGCAGUGUCCAGUUAUUGGAUCCACUUGGGCUUUUUCAUUUGUGUUUUGCUUGCUUUCUGCAACCUCUUCUCCUAAAGCUUGAACACUUUGACCAACAUGGUGAUACCAGGCUGAAAAUGUGUUACAAUAGCAGUAUUAUUUAUAAACACAUGCUUAGAUACCUGUGAUCAUUGCUGUUAGUCAUCCAUUGCCAACCAGCACAGUGUGUGGCUGCAGUAGGAGUUUCUCUUGAGUCAAAUGUUGCAUUUCUAUGAUAUUUCAGGGUCGUUUUUAAUUUUCCAUCUCCCAAAGCAGACCUCUGCGAACACUCUAGCAAGAGUGUUUAAAGAACUAGAACCCUGUGUAGUAUUUAUGCUUGUGUUUGUUUAUUGUUACAUGAUAAAAGGGGAAAAAACAUUGGGUUUGAACAUCUUUGAGCUAACAGGAAUUCUGUCUGUAUCCAGAUCCUAAAUUUGUGCCUCAGACAACAUCCUUUGCGGAUGGAAAUAGCCCAUUUUUAUCUCAUUGGAAUGUUUGCUUUGGAGACCACAAAUGUCCUUUUUAUUUAUGCUUAAGCAAUCUGAGAAGUGAGGCAGGUUUUGCCUGGCUGGUUUCCACACCUGACACCGUGAGAAAAUGCUAAUAUAGCUUCAUGAGCACUGAAAUGGCUUUAGAAAUAUUUCUGUUUAUGGUCCUAAUGCCUUAAAUUGCAUGUUUCUAUUUUUGUCCUCUAUGAGAAUGAGGAAAACUAACCUGAGCUGUACUUUCGUAUACAUAGACAUGUAUCUAAAAGUUUU